CAUUGAAAUAAAAAGAAGAAGAAUUUAAAUAUCACCUAUAACGAAGUAAUUGUGUUUUAAUUUUAAAACGAAAUAUAAAAUGGAUAAGUGUUUGGAAGUGUAUUUAAACAACGGUCCAAGUGAUACGCAUAUUAAAACUGUGAAUUCGUUACUUUCUUCCUCGAAGACAACUGCAGCAGGUUGGGAUUUAUUAGCUUCCAUACUCGAAUAUUGCCACGAGGAUUUUUUUAACGAAAACUUAACAAACUGGUUAGAUAACUGUUUAUCUCAAAAUUCGCAAGGUAAUAUGACCGAAAUCAAAUUAUCCGUUAUAGAAAAAUUCCUCGAAGCAUCAAUAAACAACCACGAAUUAUCAAAAAAGAUACUCACUGAGUAUUUGUCGAAAAUAGUCGAUUUUUGUUUAUCGAAUAAAUUAAAAUGUCACUUGAUUGAUAAAACUUUAGAUAUUUUGAUUUUGUGUUUAAAAAAAUACGGUAAUUGGUUCGUAUCACGUAAAAUACAAAUCGAGAAAUAUAUAUUAUCUUUUUUGGAUAAUAAUUCCGAAUUUACGGUAAAUAAAGCAUCUAUAUGUUUUUUGUAUCUACAACAAGUGGGCAACGCUGGUUCUGACGGUAUUAAUCAUAAAAAUAACUAUAAAAUAGCCGUACAAAAAUUAUGUAGCACUCUAUAUGAUUUAUUCGAUGAAUUUUUAGUAAACCGCAUUGAAAUUAAUAAAAUAGAAAGACCAGAGCAGGACGGGUUUAUAAUCGACGAAUUACCUAAUAAAACUGCGUUUUUUAUAGCUAAAAGAAUAAAAAACGUUAUUUUAUUUAUAAUAACAAUGUUAGAAAAAAAAUUUACAGUUUUUAAACAAAUUAUACCGGGUGAAAUAAUAAAUAUUGUAAUAGAAGGCUCGUCGACGCAAUAUUGCGCUCACAGUGUAGGUAAAGACGAAUUUAACGCCGAAUUUUUUUUACUUUUAAACUCGAUACAAAUAAAAUUAAUUCAUUUGUUACGAACGUUGAUUUUAUGGUUGAGAAACAGCUCGUUUCCUUACACUUUUAUAGUGAGUAAAAUACUUUUAGACUCAUUAAAAAAGAGUCAAAAUUGUAGAUGUUACGGUGUUAUAGAUUGCGUACUACAAGAAACAGUUUAUAAAUGUUUAAAAACAUGGAUAAUGAUCUCUAAAUGCGGGUUAAACGAUCGUUUCCAAAAGGAACUUAUCGAAUGUGUAAUGAGAGAUAUAAUUCCCGUUAAGGAAUCAGUUGUAUUAAAAAAUAGUAAAAUCGAUGUGAAUAAACCGAAUUCGGGGGGUAAAAAGACGAAAAUAGAAAUAAAAAAUGAUGAAAUUAAAUGUUUAUUAGCUUUAGAUACGUUAAUAACGCUAUUUUCGUCUGGUUUUAUUAGAACAAAACAAACCACUUUAAAUGAUUUAUUUAAAGCAAUUUGGGGCGUUUUAAAUGAUAUUAACACUAAAAAAAACGUUUAUUUAUAUACAAAUAAGAAGAAUUUAGAAAAAAUUCACGAUUUAUUAGCGUCUUUUUACGAACAAGGGGUUUUAAAAGUAUCCCUACCGUGUACAUUACAAAUUUUGAAUAAUUCGUUAUGUGAUAGACGUAUAAAUGUCGCUAUGGCUUCUAAGAGAGGUUUAGAUAGUAUUGAGAGACUUUGUCAACCAGUUUCGCCAUUUCAAACUGUUAUUAACGUAAAUACAAUACAACACGUUACGGAUAAUCAAAAUGAGGUAAAAACGACGUUUUUACAACAAGGUUCUAUCGAUAUGUUUGUUGAUGAUAAUGAGGAUAUGGAAAAAGCAAAUGACGAAAUACCAAAAGAUAUAAUUCGAGAAUUCGAUAACGAACCGGAAACUAAAAGAACGAAAAUUGAUGAUAUAGAGAUGAAAAAAAAUGUGGCAAUAACAACUGAUAUAAUAAAAACGAGGCAAGAUAGUGGAGUUUUAGAAGGGGAAACUGAUAUUGGGAGCGAAAAAAUGACAAAUUCGUCGUUGGAUAUUGAUAUGACUGAAGAAAUUACUUCGUUCGUAGACGAAGUAUUAGAAGAUUGAUUUUCCGUUAAGGAAAAUGGUAUUUUGGAUAAUAUGCACGAAUUAAUUCACGAGAAACUAUCAUUUUUCUUUAUUUUUUGUUAAUAAAAAUAUUUUAACUUA